AUGGGGGGCGCGCGGGACCGAGAGAUCCGCCGUGAGUGGGGCCGAGGGGGGGCCGGGGGGGUCUUCGCCCCCUCAUAAAAUAUUCGGGGGGCCCCCCAGGUUGAUGGGCAUGAGGGGGUGCGCCACGUCACGUGGUCGAUUAUGUGGGGCGGAGCUUAACUGAGGGAAACCCCCCCCCAUUUUAUUCAAGUUGGCCCCCCUGCCUGGAGGGGUUGGGGGAGGGGAGGAGUUACCUGAAGGGGGGAGGAGAUCUUCGCUCCCUCCGUCAUAAAAUAUUCGAGACCCCCCCACUUGAUGGGCAUGGGGGUGUGCCCUGUCAUGUGAUCAAUUACGCAGGGCAGGGCUUAACAGGAAUCCCCCCCCAACUGCCUGAAGGGGAGGGGGAGGGGCCAACUCAGGGGGCCGGGGGGGGUCUUCGCCCCCUCAUAAAAUAUUCGAGACCCCCCCACUUGAUGGGCAUGAGGGGGUGCGCCACGUCAUUUGAUCGAUUGUGCGGGGCGGGACUUAACUGAGGGGAAACCCCCCCCAUUUUAUUCAAGUUGGCCCCCCUGCCUGAAGGGGAGAGGGGGAGGGGCCAACUCAGGGGGCCCUUCGCCCCCCCAAUAAAAUAUUCAAGGACACCCCCCAAGUUUAUGGGCAUUUCCAUUUAAGUCGGGGGGGGGCACCGCGUCAUGCGAUUGAUUAUGUGGGGCGGGGUUUAACUAGAAACACCCCCCCAUUUUAUUCAAGUUGGCCCCCCUGCCUGGAGGGGUUGGGGGAGGGGAGGAGUUACCUGAAGGGGGGAGGAGGUCUUCGCCCCCCCCUCCUAAAAUACUUGAGACCCUGGGAAUGGGGUUGGGGGAGGGAAUGGGGGGGUGCGCCACGUCAUGUGAUCGAUUAUGUGGGGGGGGCUUAACUGGGAAACCCCCCAUUUUAGUUAGGUUUACUCACCUCUGCCGGGAGGGGUUGGGAGGGGGUUACCUGAAGGGGGAGGGGUUAGGGUUAGGGAGGGGCCAACUCAGGGGGCCUUCCCCCCCGUCAUAAAAUAUUCGAGACCCCCCAGUUGAUGGGCAUGGGGGUGUGCCCUGUCAUGUGAUCAAUUACGCAGGGCAGGGCUUAACAGGAAUCCCCCCCCAACUGCCUGAAGGGGUUGGGGGAGGGGGAGAGUUGCCUGAAGGGGAGAGGGGGAGGGGCCAACUCAGGGGGCCCUUUGCCCCCCCAAUAAAAUAUUCAAGGACACCUCCCAAGUUUAUGGGCAUUUCCAUUUAAGUCGGGGGGGGGACCGCGUCAUGCGAUUGAUUAGGUGGGGCGGGGUUUAACUAGAAACCCCCCCCCCAUUUUAUUCAAGUUGGCACACCUGCCUGGAGAGGUUGAGGGAGGGAGAGUGAUACCUGGGGGGAGGGGAGGGGAGGGUUACCUGCGGGGGGGGGGAGAAGUGGGAGCUUGCAUAAUAUAUUUAACUCAUUUUUAAGUCAGGGAGACCGCCUUAGCCCCCCCCCCCCUUCACCACCAUCACAGGGGGUAAACCAGGCAUGGGCAAACUCAUCGCUCCAGAUAUUUUGGGACUGCAGUUCCCAUCAUCCUUGACCACUGGUCCUGUUAGCUAGGCAUCAUGGGAGUUGUACAGUGGUGCCUCGCAAGACGAAAUUAAUCCGUUCCGCGAGUCUCUUCGUCUAGCGGUUUUUUCGUCUUGCGAAGCAACCCUAUUAGCGGUUUAGCGGAUUAGCGCUAUUAGCGGUUUAGCAGCUAUUAAAGGCUUAGUGGCUUAGCGGCUAAAAGGCUAUUAGCGGCUUAGCGGCUUAGAAAAAGGGGGGGAAAGCGAAAAAAAUCUCAAGACUCGCAAGACAUUUUCGUCUUGGGAAGCAAGCCCAUAGGGAAAUUCGUCCUGCGAAGCGCAACGAAAAACGGAGAACCCUUUCGUCUAGCGGGUUUUUCGUCUUGCGAGGCAUUCGUCUUGCAGGGCACCACUGUAGUCCCAAAACAUCUGGAGGGCCGAGCUUGCCUAUGCCUAGGGUAAACCAAGGGUUUAUCUGUUGUUGUUGUUGUUGUUGUUUAGUCGUUUAGUCGUGUCCGCCUCUUCCUGACCCCCUGGACCAGAGCACGCCAGGCCCUCCUGUCUUCCACUGCCUCCCGCAGUUUGGUCAAACUCAUGCUGGUAGCUUCAAGAACACUGUCCCACCAUCUCGUCCUCUGUCGUCCCCUUCUCCUUGUGCCCUCCAUCUUUCCCAACAUCAGGGUCUUUUCCAGGGAGUCCUCUCUUCUCAUGAGGUGGCCAAAGUCUUGGAGCCUCAGCUUCAGGAUCUGUCCUUCCAGUGAGCACUCAGGGCUUAUUUCCUUCAGAAUGGAUACGUUUGAUCUUCUUGCAGUCCAUGGGACUCUCAAGAGUCUCCUCCAGCACCAUGAAAACACCAUAAUGUGAAACUUUCAGAAAGUUAAGGCAACAGUAGGCCGGGGACAGAUUAAAACUGGCACCAGCUUUCUAAGCAUCUGGGAAGCCUUGUCUCGACAAAAAUAUUUUUAGCAGGUGCCAGAAAGACCAUCAUGAAAGCCUGGAGUCAAGAAGCAGGGAGUUCCAUAGAUGCUGCCUCACUAAAAGAGGACGUCCUUCUCAUGAAGUCUUGGAGCCUCAGCUUCAGGAUCUGUCCUUCCAGUGAGAACUCAGGGCUGAUUUCCUUCAGAAUGGAUACGUUUGAUCUUCUUGCAGUCCAUGGGACUCUCAAGAUUAAUAGUAAUAGUCAUUAUAAUCGACACAGUAAAUAUCCAUGUUUUCUAACCGGACGAGAUUAAUGGGUCUUCUGCUGCUGCUGUCCUUCAGAACUCCAGAAGGACAAGGAGAAAGCCCAGCGGAAGGGGGACCUGAAGGAGGAAGCAGCCCUCUGUAACCAGCUGGGAGGGAUCUUGGCUCGUCAUGGUGAGUGUCCUGUAAUAAUAAUAAUUAUUAUUAUUAUUUAUACCCCAGCUUACCCAAACAAAGCCGGGCUCAGGGCGGCUAACACCAAUAAAAUCACAGUAAAAACAUACUAGGGGAAAAAGGGGGGGGACCAAUUUAAAAUACAGGUUAAAAUGCAAUUUAAAAUGCAGCCUCAUUUUAAUAGUAGCCCAUAGAUCAAAACCAUCAGGGGAGGGAAACAUAAGGCUCAGACUGAGUCCAAAGGCCAGGCGGAACAGCUCUGUCUUGCAGGCCCUGCGGAAAGAUGUCAAGUCCCGCAGGGCCCUGCUCUCUUGUGACAGAGCGUUCCACCAAGUCCGGGCCAGUACUGAAAAGGCCCUGGCCCUAGUUGAGACCAACUUAACCGCCUUGUGACUUGGCACCUCCAGAAUGUUGUCAUUUGUGGACCUUAAGGUCCUCCGCGGGGCAUACCAGGAGAGGUGGUCCUGUAGGUACAUGGGUCCUAGGCUUCCAGAUCCAGGCGACUUUGAAAUAGCUUUAAACAGCUACUUUAAGUAGGUGGUGGUCCCUUAACCUGCUCAGUUGAGGCGCAGAAGACUCCCCGCGCUCAGUUGAGCAUGCCCCCAAGCUGCUCUGGCGCAUCUAGGGGAGAAAAGCACUGGUGAAAUGCGUUUUUCUCCCUCCACUCCCUUGGUGCAAUAGCAUGUGCAUGGCACUUGCUUUUUCUGCUGUCUAAGGUCCACUGCUGACCCUUCUUUCCUGGCAGGGCGCUUUGAGGAGGCGUUGGAGGAGCACCGGCAGGAGCUGCGUCUCUUGGAGAGUGUUGACGAUGCCAUCGGCUGUGCUGUGGCCCACCGGAAAAUUGGGGAGUGCCUGGCUGAGCUGGAGAGUUAUGAAGCUGCACUGAAGGUGCGAGGGCUGGAGGAGGCGGGAGUCCGGAGGGUAGAAGCUCUUUCCAGAGAUCACGGCUUUAAGCCCCCCGGUUUUGACAAAUAAAACCCCUUAAAGUGGUGCUUACUUCAAGAACUGCUUUGAAACUGUUAUUUAUAAUCCGUUCCGGAGCCCCGUUCGCAUCCAGAAGCAAACGUAACUAGUGACGGCAUGUCUGAGCACGAACACGUCGCAUUUCGCCGCUUCUGCGCAUGCAUGUGAUGUCAUUUUGAGUGUCUGCACAGGCGCGAGCGGCGAAACCCGGAAUUAACACACUCCGUUACUUCUGGAUUGCCGCGGAGCGCAACUCGAACGCACUCAACGUGAAGCAUAUCCAACCCGAGGUAUGACUGUACAGUCAUACCUCGGGUUACAGACGCUUCAGGUUGCAUUUUUUCGGGUUACGGAUUGCUGAAACCUGGAAGUACCAGAAAGGGUUACUUCCAGGUUUCGACGGUUGCACAUGCGCAGAAGCGCUGAAUUGCAUUUUGAGCUUGUGCAGAAGUGCCGAAUCGCAACCCACACGUGCGCAGACGUGCUGCUGCGGGUUGCAAACGCUGUGGGUUGCGAACGUGCAUCCCGCACGGAUCAUGUUCGCAACCCAAGUGUCCACUGUAGAUCCGAACAAAGGACACAAAUCAUAUAAACUUAUGUACGUACUUUGUGUUUUUAUACUGUGUUUUUAUAUUGUGAACUACCCUGAGAUUUACAGGUGAAGUUCAGUUUUAAAAAUUGAAGCCCCAAAUGAUUUUGCUCUACAGUCACAAGACAUCUCAUCUGUAUUUCACCACAGGGACCUUGCUAUUGAUAAGCCAUAAACCAUUGCAACAGUAAAUCAAUCCCUUUGCUGCGUUCCUUUGAGCUUCUUGCUUUCUGGAUGCAGGAUAGAGAGGAACGCAUGAGUGUGUGUAGCAAUUAAGCUACAGUACAAAGGUAACAUGAGCAUGAAUGACUCCAUCCACUUUGGCCUCUGGCCCUGCCCACCUAGCACGUGGCCCCCAGAAGGUUGUCUAGAAGGGAAUGUGGCCCUUUGCUGCUUUGGAGGUGGGGGCCUGGACCAGGAGACAGAAAAGCAGAAUUCUGAGGCCCUUCCAGUUCUCUUGUGGGACUGGGGAUGGAUGCUGCCGGGGGACCUGGCCUUGACCCUCCCCUCUGUGUUCCUCUCUCCAGCACCAGCGCCGCCACCUGGAUCUGGCCCGCUCCCUCUGCAACCCCAUUGAGCAGCAGAGGGCCUGGGCCACCAUUGGCCGCACGUACAUGUUCAUGGCGGAAAGUGACCCCUCGAGCGAGGCCCUGCAGGAGGCGGAGACGGCCUUCAUGAAGAGCCUGCAGGUGUUGGAGGAGAAGCUGGAAGGUACCUCUGGCGGAGGCGGGAAGGGAGCCGAGAGGGAGCUGCAGCCAGCAGCCUGGUCCUGAGACUCUCUGCUGAGAAUUCGGGCCUUGACAUUGCCUUGGCGGAUGCCGAAACAGCAUAUUCUGUGAGCUGAAUGGAGGGCCACCCUCUCGGCCCCUGGGAGGAGGAUUGUGUGUGGGUUGCAACCUGCAGGGGGUAACGGCAGGCUGCGUCCUUCUCACAGGGGACGUGCCACAGCGGGAGGCCAGCGAGAUGAGGGCGCGACUCUACCUGAACCUGGGCUUGGUCUACGACAGCCUGAAGAACCCGGCCAAGCAUGCCUACUACAUCAAAAAGAGCAUCUACAUCUCUGAGUAAGGGCUGGGCUGGGCCCUGUGGGGCUCUAGGGCUCUCCUCCUCCCCCUGACCUUUAUGUAGGGUCCUGUCAUGUGGUCGUUUUGCAGAGCCAUGCAACAUGUAGCUAAACUAUGGAACUUUUGCACUAUGGGUUGGAUGGCUUUAAAAGCAGUUAGUUGGUCCUUUACCUUUCUCACCCUGAUCUGGCCACUGUGAUCCACGCGACGGUCACCUCCAGGCUUGAUUAUUGUAACUCACUCUACACGGGGCUGCCCUUGAAGCUGACCCAGAAACUCCAGCGGGUGCAGAAUGCCGCGGCGAGGCUCCUUACGGGGUCCUUGCCGCAGGAUUACAUUCACCCAGUGCUUUACCAACUGCACUGGCUCCCAGUGGAGUACAGGGUCAGGUUUAAGGUGCUGGUUUUGACCUUUAAAGCCCUAUGCGGCCUAGGACUCUCGUACUUACGGGACCAGCUCUCCUGGUAUGUCCCACGGAGGACCUUAAGGUCCACAAAUGACAACAUUUUGGAGGUCCCAAGUCGCAAGGUGGUUAGAUUGGUUUCAACUAGGGCCAGGGCCUUUUCAGCACUGGCCCCAGCUUGGUGGAACGCUCUUGUCACAAGAAACUAGGGCCGUGUGGGACUUGACAUCUUUCCGCAGGGCCUGCAAGACAGAGCUGUUCUGCCUGGCCUUUGGUUUGGACUCACUCUGACCCUUAUGUUUCCCUCCCCUUAUGGUCUUGAUCUAUCGGCUACUUUUAAAAUGAGGCUGCUUUUUAAAUUGCAUUUUAACCUGUACAGUGGUACCUCGGGAAGGAUUUCAGGUUACAUACGCUUCAGGUUACAGACUCCGCUAACCCAGAAAUAGUACCUCGGGUUAAGAACUUUGCUUCAGGAUGAGAACAGAAAUUGUGCUCCGGCGGUGCAGCGGCAGCUGGAGGCCCCAUUAGCUAAAGUGGUGCUUCAGGUUAAGAACAGUUUCAGGUUAAGAAUGGACCUCCAGAACGAAUUAAGUUCUUAAGCCGAGGUACCACUGUAUUUUAAAUUGUUUUUUCCUCCCUCCCUCUCUUUUUCCCCUAUUAUGUUUUUACCGUGAUUUUAUUUUAUUGGUGUUAGCCACCCUGAACCCAGCUCUGGCCGGUGAGGGCGGGGUAUAAAUAAAUUUUAUUACUAUUAUUAUUAAAAGAGGAAUGGGCAAAUUUAUGGAGGAGAAAACUAUCAAGUCAGCUCUGCUUCUGAGCACCAGCUGCUGGCAGCCACAGGAGGGGAGAGGGGUCUUGAGUUCGAAUCUUGCCUGCAGGUUUCCCAAAGGCGUCCGGUUGGCCCAUGUGAGAGCAGGAUGCUGGACUAGAUGGGACUUUGGCCUGAUCCAUCAGGCUCUUUAUGUUCCUAAUGCUGGAUCGGGAACUCUCCCGGCUCUCAGUCGUAUGAUAUCUAUUGGACGCUCCGCUGCGCUCUGCCAGACAUCGGGCUGCAGGCUGCUGUCUGCAAGCCUUGGGAGUCCUAGCUAAGAGGAGUUGAACUGAUCGGCUGCACACUGGUAACCUCCCACCCGCCCCCGUCGGCACGUGUGCUGUGCUUUCGCUAUCUCCCCCUAUCAUGUGACCGUGCUGCCUGGGGCUGAUGGGAGCUGUAGUCCAAAGCAGCUGUCGGGCAGCUGUCAAAGGCUUCCUCUCCCUCCUCCCCUAGGCAGACUCAGCUGCACGAAGACCUCUACCGGGCCUACUUCAACCUGGGCAACAUCCACCUGCGGGAGGGAGAGCACUCGAAGGCCAUGCGCUGCCUGGAGAGGGCGCGGGAGUGCGCCUGCAAAAUGAAGGAGAAGUACAUGGAGAGCGAGUGUUGUGCGAGCAUUGCCCAGGUGAGGGGGGCAGAGGUGGGGCAGGCGCCUUUCCAGCUCCUCUGGCCUGGGGACGGGGACUGCGGUGGCCUGGGGACGGGGGUGCGUGUGAUGCCUGGGGAAGCGGCUGUGUGGAGCUUCUGCGCGUGAGAUGCUCCGACCUGGUUGAAUCGCAUCAGAUCCAUUCUCCAAAGAUGGUUCCCAUUGGGCUUCCGGUUUGUCUGCAAAGGAAAACAGUGACGCGGUGCGAGUCGUCCGUCUAAAAGAUGACCAUUACCAGGGUUUUUGAGUGGUGGGGGUGAGUGCCAGGGUUAGACAGGGUUCUGUGUGUGAGAUGCUCCUACCUGGUUGAAUCGCAUCAGAGCCAUUCUCCAAAGAUGGUUCCCAUUAAUUCUCAUGUUAGUGGGAUGAGGCGUCCCCAGUCUGCAUCUGACACCUUUUUGGAGUAGAGCUAUGCCCUCAAUCUCUUCUGUCUUGCAAGCACAGAAUCUCCUCCUCAACCUCUUCUCUCCUCCACCCUUCUAACAUGGGUUGUAAAUUCUUGGUGCACAAGCCACAUUGCUUAUGCCAGCAGUCAGCAAACUUUUUCAGCAGGGGGCCGGUCCACUGUCCCUCAGACCUUGUUGGGGGGCCAGACUAUAUUUUGAAAAAUAAUAAUAGUGAAUGAAUUCCUAUGCCCCCAAAAUAACCCAAAGAUGUAUUUUAAAUAAAAAAGCACAUUCUACUCAUGUAAAAACACCAGGCAGGCCCCACAAAUAACCUAGAGAUGCAUUUAAAUAAAAGGACACAUUCUACUCAUGUAAAAACACACUGAGAAGGCAAUUGGGCCAGAUCCGGCCCCCGGGCCUUAGUUUGCCUACCCAUGGCUUAUGUGUUCCAUUUUAUUAGUAUUAUUACGAAUUUAAUUUAUAUACUGCCCUAUACCCGGAGGUCUCAGGGUGGGUCAAAGUUAAAGUUAAAACUCAGGGUAGGACAAAGUCAAGUUAAAACUACAAAGAAACUAUUUCCUACUUGAGCAUGCAUAGUAGUCCAGAGUAAAUAAAAGAGGAAGCAAGGAGGAAUGCUUUUAGGAAACUCCAGAGGUCAUAAACAGGAGAGGAAGGAUGUAGUGAUCAAGUGGGAUUGCUAUGAGGAAUUAUAACAAAUAUGGAGUAAGCCAUUUGUGUCAGCAAUGAAAGCAUUGCGUUGACUGGGCUUAAGCCAUUUUGAUAUGAUUUUUGAUCAAUCCACGCCUCUGCAUCCCUGUCCUAUAUCUCUUGCUAGACAAAUCACGCACACAGGCCAGUUGCUGCAUCAGGUAUCCUAGGCCAUGAAAGAUAGGCAGUUUCUUUGAUAUACCCUUCCUUGAUUCUGUUAAUCUUAGGGCCUGGAAAUAGUUUCACAGGAAGGUGAUAAAGUUACCUAUCUCCUUGCCAUCCUUCCGUCCUCUCCUGUUUACGACCUCCGGAGUUUCCUAAAAGCAUUCCUCCUUGCUUCCUCUUUUAUUUACUCUGAAUUACCAGUACAUAUGCAUGCUCAAGUAGGAAAUUAGCUCUUUGUAGUUUGAAUCUUUAACUUUGUCCCCACGUGGGGUUUUUUGAAAUGCUCAGAGGAAAUCUGAUUGGUUCUUACGAACACUGUGUAAAAAGUUCUUUUGUGAAUAAAACGACCUGGGCCGGAGGGUGGAGAGGAAUUAUUAUUAUACGCACCCCUCCCAGAGUCUUGCUGGUCAAGCCUGUGUGUGUAUUUUAUCAGAGUCCAAUCCUUCCUUUGCUUUGGGAACAGCACAAAAGGAUGGGUAGUAUAAACAGGAGAGGAAGGAUGGGUAGUAUUUACCAUCUCCUUGUGAACUCUCUUCCUGGUCCUUAAGUUCUAUCUAAAGAUUAACAAACUACAUUAAAAUAGCCUAUUAACUUUAUGUACUGAGGAUGCCCGGUGAAGCAACUGGCCUGUGUUUAGAAUGCUUAUACAUGCCUGUCAGGCGUAGAAAAUGAACGGCAGAGAAAAUGGCCAGAGAUGCAGAGGCUUGUGGGAUUUGAUCAGAAAUUAUUGUCAAUGAAUCAAACCCAGUCAACACGACGCUUUCAUGGCGGACACAAUGGCUUGGUGCAUAUUUUAUAAUUCCUCAUAGUAAUCCCAUCUGAUCGUUACACUCCUGGGUGACCUCUCAAGAGGGAGCUCAGCCGCCCCCAGCAGCUUCCCCGCUUGACCCUCCGUCUUCCCCCACAGGUCCUGCUGAGCCUUGGGGACUUUGUGGCAGCCAAGCGCUCCCUGAAGAAAGCCUAUCGCCUGGGCUCCCAGCAGCCGCCGCAGCGGGAGAGCGUUUGCCGCAGCCUGCGCUACGGUGAGUGGCGACGCCGCUCCCUUGGGGGCUUCCCCUGGGCCCAGGCACCAGGGCACACAUGACCUCACAGCUCGUGGCUCUCUUUCUCUCUGGCAGCCACAAAGGUCAGCCGCCUGCAGCAGGAGCUGGAAGAAGCAGAGGCCGCCGGCAGCCUGCGAGAAGCCCUAGGGCUUUGCGAGCAGCUGGGCGACCUGUUCUCCAAGGCGGGGGAUUAUCGGCGGUCUCUGGAGGCCUACGAGAAGCAGGUGAGGCACCUCCUGGGGCUAAAGGUGGCCUUGGGGCAAGGACCUGAAGGAGGAGAGGUUGUAGAGCAGCCAGAUGGACGGACUUGGCAUUUGAGGGCUCCCAGAGCUCUGGCGCAGGCUUGCAAUUAUUAUUAUGGGACACAGGUGGCGCUGUGGGUUAAACCACAGAGCCAAGGACUUGCCGAUCAGAAGGUCAGCAGUUUGAAUCCCCGUGACGGGGUGAGCUCCUGUUGCUCGGUCCCUGCUCCUGCCAACCUAGCAGUUCGAAAGCACGUCAAAGUGCAAGUAGAUAAAUAGGUACCACUCCGGCGGGAAGGUAAACGGCGUUUCCUUGCACUGCUCUGGUUCGCCAGAAGCGGCUUAGUCAUGCUGGCCACAUGACCCGGAAGCUGUAUGCCGGCUCCCUCGGCCAAGAAAGCGAGAUGAGUGCCGCAACCCCAGAGUCGGUCACAACAGGACCUAAUGGUCAGGGGUCCCUUUACCUUUACCUAUUUAUACCUCGCCCAUCUGGCUGAGUUUCCCCAGCCACUCUGGGCGACUUCCAAUCGAAUGUUAAAAACAACACAGCAUUAAAUAUUAAAAACCUCCCUAAACAGGGCUGCCUUCAGAUGUCUUUUAAAGAUAAGAUAGCUGCUUAUUUCUUUCACAUCUGAAGGGAGGGUGUUCCACAGGGCGGGCACCACCACCGAGAACGACCUCUGUCUGGUUCCCUGUAACCUCACUUCUCGCAAUGAGGGAACCACCAGAAGGCCCUCGGAGCUGGACCUCAUUGUCUGGGCUGAACGAUGGGGGUGGAGAUGUUCCUUCAGGUAUACAGGACCGAGGCCGUUUAGGGCUUUAAAGGUCAGCGAUGGGCUGCGGGGUGCCCUGGGCCUCUUUGCCACGGCAGUUUGGGUUUGUCUGUUUCCUUCUCAGCUGUGCCACGCUCGGUCUCUGAAGCGCCCAGACCAAGAGCUGGCUGUGAUCCACGUUUCCUUGGCCGCCACGUUUGGAGACCUGAAGGACCAUGCCCAGGCCAUAAAGCACUACCAGGCCGAACUGGCCCUGCGGAAGGGGAACCCCCUGGAGGUAAGGGCGGCAGGCUAGGAGCAGGGAUGGGAUAGGGCCAAGCGAGGCAGUUCAGGACUUCUGCUACUUGGAUGCCAAGCAAACAUUCCCUGCUCCUGAUCUGUGCCAACUGGGCAUUGUAGGAACAGCUGUAUAGAAACUGGCACCUGAAUUUUUGACUUUCAUUUUUCCUCUUCCCUUCCUGUCCCUUUCUCCUUGCGUGUCGUGUGAGGGUUUUUUUAAAAAAAGAUUGUAAGCCUGUGGGUAGGGGCUAAUUUGUUUCGAUGGUGUGUGCGCUGUGGGUUAAACCACAGAGCCUAGGACUUACUGAUCAGAAGGUCAGCAGUUCGAAUCCCCGUGACGGGAUGAGCUCCCGUUGCUCGGUCCCUGCUCCUGCCAACCUAGCAGUUCGAAAGCACAUCAAAGUGCAAGUAGAUCAAUAGGUACCGCUCUGGUGUGAAGGUAAAUGGUGUUUCCGUGCGCUGCUCUGGUUCACCAGAAGCGGCUUAGUCCUGCUGGCCACAUGACCUGGAAGCUGUACGCCGGCUCCCUCGGCCAAUAAAGCGAGAUGAGCGCUGCAACCCCAGAGUCGGCCACGACUGGACCUAAUGGUCAGGGGUCCCUUUACCUUUACUUUAAGCUGCUCUGGGAGCCUUUGUGGCUGAAGAGUGGGGUACAAAUGCUCCAAAAUAAAUAGAUAAACAUGCUGAACUGGUGGGCAGAUAAGCCAGACGGCUCCUGGAACUCAGCUUGCUCUUUCCAUGGCCAGGAGGGAAAGACGUGGCUGAACAUCGCCCUUUCCAAGGAGGAGGCCAAAGAGAGCUAUGAAGAGCUGCAGAGAUGUUUCCAGACGGCUCUCUCCUACGCAGAGGAGGCCUGCGACGCCAAGCUGCAGGUGAGGCCGGCAGUGGGGUUUGGAUGACGCCACAAUACUAAAGGUAUUAGCGUGGAUGCUUCGUAGUAUUCAUACACCGAGUUGUAAUAGCAUCCACGCAACAACUAUCUGAUAAACCAGUAGUUUAUCAAAUCCUGCAACGUGGCAAGGACGAUUUUGCCACGCAUCCCCAUCCAAUCAGAAACCUGGGAAUGCAGGAGAGUGCUGGCGUUCCCAUCACAACUUUGUGUAAGGUAGCAUCAUAAAAUGAGGCUCAGCCAUAUGAUUCAAGAGGCACUGGGUCAGCCUAAAAGUUUUCGCGUAAAUUGAGGCAAUACUUAUUUAUUUAUUUAGCUUAGCCUAUGUUUCCAAUGUGGUUUGUGGACGGAUUUAAGUAGAUGUCACUGUACAAAAGUAAAACACCAAUGGUAGCAAGACAAGAAACAAUUUCCAGUGAGAAGAUUACAAGGGUGAGGAUCACCCUUGUAUUUACCCGGCUUUUUAAUUGCACUUCAAGCUAAUCUUGGGUGUCUACGGCCUAGCAUAGUUUAAUCUUUUAAACCAUUUAUGCUAGUAAAGAGGGGGGAAUUGGCAAUUUUUUAAAAUGCUCGUCAUUUAUUUUAAAUACUACAUACUGUAUUAUUUUUAAAAAAUAGUUUCUUGUUUAUAAGCUACCCAGAGAAUAUUUAUUGCUUAUUGCUAUCUAAAUUUUGUGCUUUUUAUGCUGUAUCUUUAUGUUGUGAACCGUCCUGAAAUCUACAGAUGAAGGGCGGUAUACAAAUUUAAUAAUAAUGAUUAUUAUUAAUAGUAUUAAAUCAUAGGCCAGGAGGAGAGUGACAGAUCUGAUUCCACAGGGCAGCAAUUCAGUUUUCUGCAGAAUGGGCCACUGGUGCCUAUGAGAAGGAAACAAUCUCACUGUUUAGCUCUGGUCUCGUUGUCAGGAGCCUUCAGUGUGCAAGCCUAGUUAGGUCCCAAUUUGACCUAUGAGACCGUUUCCUCCUAAAUCUCACUCACCUGCUUUCCCCUGAAGCUAGCUCCCCUGUCUCACACCUGAUGUGAUAUGUCAACAAACAGGAGGGAGCCUUAAAGUGUGUUCCCAAUUGUUCUUGGGGAAAGUAGAGUCCUGUGUUCAGUUCUGGGCAGCCUAUUUUGAGAAGGAUGUUGAUAAGCUGGAAGGUGUGCAGAGGAGGGAGACCAAGAUGGUCAAGGGUCUGGGAACCAAGCCUGAUGAGGAACGGUUGAAGGAGCUGGGGAUGUUUAGCCUAGAAAAGAGGAGAAGGAGAGGAGAUAGGAGAGCCAUCUUCAAAUAUCUGAGGGUCUGCCACACGGAUGGUAGAGCAAGCUUAUUUUCUCAUGCUCUGGAGAGUAGGACAUGAACCAAUGGAUUCAAAUGAUAAAGGAGAUUCAGACCAACCAUUAGGAAGAACUUUUUGAUGGUAGCAGCUGUUUGACAGCAGAAUGGACACCCCUGGUAGUUGGUAGACCUUCAUUGGCUGUUUUUAAGAAGAGGUUUCAUGGCCAUCUGUCAAGGUUUCUUGAGCUGAGAUUCCUUAAUAAUAAUAAUAAUAAUAAUUUAUUUAUACCCCGCCCAUCUGGCUGGGCUUCCCCAGCCACUAUGGGAGGCUUCCAGCAAAAUAUUAAAACACAAUAAUUAAUCAAACAUUAAAAGCUUCUCUAAACAGGGCUGCCUUCAGAUGUCUUCUAAAAGUCUGGUAGUUGUUGUUCUCUUUGACAUCUGGUGGGAGGGCGUUCCACAGGGCGGGAGCCACUACCGAGAAGGCCCUCUGGUUCCCUGUGACUUGGCUUCUCGCAGGGAGGGAACCGCCAGAAGGCCCUCGGCACUGGACCUCAGUGUCCAGGCUGAACGAUGGGGGUGGAGAAGCUCCUUCAGAUAUACAGGACCGAGGCUGUUUAGGGCUUUAAAGGUCAGCACCAACACUUUGAAUUGUGCUCGGAAAUGUACUGGGAGCCAGUGUAGGUCUUUCAAGACUGCUGUUAUAUGGUCUCGGCGGCUGCUCCCAGUCCCCAGUCUAGCUGCCACGUUCUGGAUUAGUUGCAGUUUCCGGUUGUUGCGUUUGCAAAGUAAAGGAAGGAUUGAACUCUGAUUAAUAAGAAUACACACAGAGGCUUGAACCAGCAAGACUCUGGGAAGGGUGCGUAUAAUCGUGUCUCUCUGUGCUUGUCCGAUCUGCAGCCCCCUGGCCCAGGCCGUUUUUAUUCACAAAAAAGCUUUUUACAGAGCGUUCAAAAGAACCAAUCAGAUUUCUUCUGAGCAUUUCCACAAACCCACGUGGGGAGAAAGUGAAUCUAUAAACACUAGUUAUCCAUGCAUACUUUUGGGGUAAAUGAAUGAAUACUACAAAGGAGCGAAUACAGCAACCCCGGAGGUAAUAAACAAUCAGUACACAUGAUAAGAAGGAUGGCCAGGAGGACCAGAUCACUACCACCUUCAUGUGAGAUCUGUUUCCUGGCUCCAAGGUUAACAUCUUAAGAUUAUAUAUAAGAAAACUACAUCAAAGUAACUUGCCUACUAUCUUUAUGGCCCAGGAAGCCUGCCUGGUGAAGCAACUGCUGUGUACACUGUGUACAUGAUGUGAGGAGAGAGAAAUGAACAGUAGGGUCAAAAGGGCCAGAGAUGCAGAGGUGUAGAUUGAUCAAAAAUCAUAUCAAAAUAGUUUAAACCCAGUCAACGCAAUGCUUUCAUUGCUGACACAGAUGGCUUACUCUAUAUCUGUUAUAAUUCCUCAUAGCAAUCCCACCUGAUCACUACAUCUCUGGAUAUUUGCACUCCUACACCGGUCACGUUCAAAGGUAGCCCCACUUAGAGCGCAUGGCAAUAGUCCAAGCGGGAGAUAGCCAGAGCAUGCACCACUCUGGUGAGACAGUCUGUGGGCAGGGAGGGUAGGCACUGCAGGUAGGCAUUGCAGAGGGUUGGACUAGAUGACCCUAAGGGUCCCUUCCAGCUGUAAAUUUGAUUUCUAUACUGACUCUCCACUGCCUCAAAGAGAGUCCAUGAGGGCUGGUUAGAAAUAGACUGACUUCAAGAAACAUCAGCAAGCCUGGACACAAACAUUUGAAUGCCUGUCGUUGCUUCUUACCCUGAAAACUAAAAGUGAGCUUAGAGGCCAGAUCAAACUCUGUUUUUAACCCCCAAACAAAUGCUUCUCAGCGCCAGGUCCUGCGGCACUUCCACGCCUGCCAGCAGAGGUGCGGGCGCCCCGAGGCAUCAAGCACGCAAGCCAGGCUGCAGGAGCUCUGUGGCUCCCGGGGCUGGCGCUCGAAUGGGGAGAUCAGUGAGGAAGAGGAUGAAGAGGAGGAAGCCCAGGGCAGUGAGCCCUUGGAAGAGAGCGACCUGGAGAUCUCCGAUAGCGGUGAGAGACGGGGAGAUCGUGGGAGCAAAGGGCGCUUCCUGGGAGGGAGUGGGGACAAGGCUUGGGGUUGCCCACAUGGCUGAUGGGAGAAUAAUAAUAAGUUAUUAUUUGUACCCUGCCCAUCUGGCUGGGCUUCCCCAGCCACUCUGGGCGGCUUCCAACAAAGAUUAAAAAUACAGUCAUACCUUGGGUUAAAGUUGCUUCAGGUUGAGCGUUUUCGGGUUGCGCUCCGCGGUGACCUGGAAGUAACACAACGUAUUACUUCCUGAUUUCACUGCCCGCGCAUGCGCAGAUGCUCAAAAUGACAUCACGCGCAUGCACAGAAGCAGCAAAUUGCGACGUGCAGAUGUGGGUUGCGUUCGCUUCAGGAUGUGAACGGGGCUCCGGAACGGAUCCCAUUCACAUCCCGAGGUACCACUGUACAUUAAAAUGUCACACGUUAAAAACUUCCCUGAACAGGGCUGCCUUCAGAUGUCUUCUAAAAGUCUUGUAGUUGUUGUUCUCUUUGACAUCUGGCGGGAGGGUGUUCCACAGGGCGGGUGCCACCACCGAGAAGGCCCUCUGCCUGGUUCCCUGUAACUUGGCUUCUCGCAGGGAGGGAACGAUGGGGGUGGAGACGCUCCUUCAGCUAUACUGGGAGAAGGAGGCUUAUGGGUGAUGCUUACAUUUCUCUCCCUCGAAGAGCCCCAGAGAAGUUCGGGGCGGGUGUGUCGGGCCUCUCUGCUCCCAGCCUGCCUUCCUCAGAGCACAGGGUCUGGAGAAGGAGCCCCAGCUGAGCACUGUUACUUUCUGUUAGGUUGCAAGCAGGGUGGAGCUACGGGGGGAAUGUCGUGCGUUGGUUACAGUGUUGGACUCUGGCUUGUGAGACUGGGGUUCAAAUCCCCGCUCAGCCACGGAACUGGGUGACCUCGUGCCAGUCCCUGCCUGUCAACCGAACCUACCUCACAGAGUUGUUGCGAGGAGAAAACGGGGGCGGGGGAGAGAACCAUGUGUUGCUCCUUGGUGGGAAGGGUGGUCUAUAAAUACAGUGGUACCUCGGGUUAGGGAUACAGUUGGCGCUGUGGGUUAAACCACAGAGCCUAGGGCUUGCCGAUCGGAAGGUCGGUCGUUUGAAUCCCCGUGACAGAGUGAGCUCCCGUUGCUCGGUCCCUAAUCCUGCCCACCUAGCAGUUCGAAAGCAUGUCAAGUGCAAGUAGAUAAAUAGGUACCGCUCCAGCGGGAAGGUAAACGGCGUUUCCGUGCGCUGCUCUGGUUCGCCAGAAGCGGCUUUGUCAUGCUGGCCACACGACCCGGAAGCUGUACGCCGGCUCCCUCGGCCAAUAAAGUGAGAUGAGCACCGCAACCCCAGAGUCGGUCAUGACUGGACCUAAUGGUCAGGGGUACCUUUACCUUGGGUUAUGUUACCUUCGGGUAACGUAAUUUUGGGUUGCGAAUGCGGCAAACCCGGAAGUAUAUGCUUCCGGGUUUCGUCGUGCGUGCAUGCGCAGAAGCACUCUAUUAUGCCACGCAUGUGCGCAGAAGCGGUGCCUCUGGUUACAGACUUUUCGGGGUAAGUACGGACCCCCGGGACGAAUUAAGUUCGUAUUUGGAGGGUCCACUCUACAGUCAACAGUCAUUCUCUCUCCUAAACCUAUGCCUUGAAUGGGGAAGGACUUAAGGCAAAUGGAUGGAAGUACUUGGCACAUGUGUCACAGCCUGUGGAACUCAUUGCCAGUGGACUGGCUUGUUAAAAGUUUUGUGUGUGUGUGAAAUGGAUAGACUUGUUGCUGGUAGCUAUGAUAGGCUGGGGUAGGGGACCUUUUGUCUCCUGGCUGUCUAGGGCAAACAGGAGAUUGGCGUUGCUUUGGGGAUGUACAUUUCUUGGUGGACGGCAUGGUUUGCUUCAGAGACGGUGACUCUGGGACUCUCCCCUCUCUUCCAGGCGGAGAGGACGACCUGGAGGGCUACAACAAGACGGUCCCUGGACGGCGAAGGCUCAACAAGGUAUACCAGGGCACCAGUCCACUCGGCUCCAUGGGGCCAGCUAACUCUGAUGCCCAGAGGUCAGGGCAUAGGUGAACUGUGGCGCUCGCUCCCACAGAAGACAGGGGUGGCCACCAACUUGGGUGGGUUUUAAAAGAGGAUUGGACCAUUUCCUGGGGGAGGAGAGAGCUGGCCAUGGCCAGGGGCCUCUGCCCUGCCUCCAGAGUUGGAAGAAGCGAUGCUGCUGCUUGCCAGUUGCUGGACAUCUACCAUAUUUUUCGCUCCAUAAGACGCACCUAGUUUUUAGAGGAGGAGAACAAGAAAAAAAAUAUUCUGAACCCAACAGUGGAUGUAUGAUUUUUGUGGUUCAUGCUGUGGCCUCAGACAUGUGAUUUGACGGUGAGUUUGGGGCAGCCCAAUGCAAAAUUCCUGAGGAUCCAUGUGGAUCUGUGCUUUGUAACCAUGUUUUUGCCCCAUUGCGGCCCCAUGAAACAGUGAGUGCGUGAUUUUUUGGGUGCAGGCUGUAGCCAUGGACAUGCUAUGUGAUCUGAUGGUGAAUUUGGGGUGACACAAUGCAAAAAUCCUGAGGAUAUAUGGGCUUUUACCUCCCCACUCCCAGGCAGCCUCCUUUAUCGCUAGUGUCCCUUAUCUCCCUCCCGAUCGCUUUGCUGAUCAGCUGCUCAGGGGCUUUGUUUCAACGCCCCCUUCCCUCUUUCUUAAAAUAAAAGCACAAUCUGCUUUUCUACCCUGGGAAAUUCGGCUCCAGGGACCACACAUUCGCUCCAUAAGACGCACAGACAUUUCCCCUUACUUUUUAGGAGGAAAAAAGUGCGUCUAAUGGAGCGAAAAAUACGGUAAAUCUAAUAUAAUCAAUUGCACGGAUGUCUGUUACUUUUUAUUAGAAGCUACUGCUAUUAUCGGCUGUAAUUUUUUUUUGCAAUUGUUAGGUUUUUUUAAAAAAAUAGUUUUAAAUGUUGUAAUUUUAAAUUGUUGUAACCCACCCGGGGACCCCAGGUUGAAUGGCAUAUAAUAAAUAACAAUCAUAAUCAUAAAAGAGAAUAUUUCAGGGCAGUAAGCUGGAAGCAGGCCUUUUUGCCAUUGCCUCUUCCCUGUGGGAUUCCUUUCCCUCUUGCCUUACCUGAAGCAUCAUCCAUCAGUUGCUUCAGACAUCUUGUGAAGACGCCUCUUUUUGCUUUCCCUGAUCCCCUAAAAUCGAAGCCUGUUGUUAUGGGAUUCUUGUUUUUAUAAUCCUGUUUCACCAGAUACUGUGUACCUGCUUUCAUCAUUUUUGCAUGCCGCUUAGAGAUUUUUAAAUAUGAAGAGGUUUAGAAAUGCUUAGGAAUCAGCAAGUGAAUAAACUAAGCAGGUGAUCCUCCCGAGGGGAUUGGUGUCAGCAAGCCAGUCAUCGGAAAUAUUAGAAUACUUGUCUCCUGCCCAUCUGACUGUGUUGCCCCAGCAAAAUAUAAAAACACAGUCAGACGUACAUCUUCUCCCUUUGACUUCACUGUCUUGGAAAUUGGGGUGGGUAGUUGGGGGAAAGUUACUGAUUUCAUUAUUAUUAUUAUUAUUAUUAUUAUUACCCUCCCAUCUGGCUGGGUUUCCCCAGCCACUCUGGGCGGCUCCCAACAGAAUAUUAAAAUCACAACAAAACAUCAAACAUUAAAAACUUCCCUGAACCUUCAGAUGUCUUCUAAAAGUCAGAUAGUUGUUUAUUUCCUUGACAUCUGGUGGGAGGGCGUUCCACAGGGCGGGCGCCACCACCAAGAAGGCCCUCUGCCUGGUUCCCUGUAACCUCACUUCUCGCAGGGAGGGAACCGCCAGAAGGGCCUCAGAGCUGGACCUCAGUGUCCGGGCUGGACAACGGGGGUGGAGACGCUCCUUCAGGUCUACUCCUUCAGGUAUUCCUCUGUUGCAUUUCCCUCUACCCAGUGGAACCAGCGGAACGAGCGUGGGGAGACUUUGCUGCACCGCGCCUGCAUAGACGGGAACCUGCGCCAGGUGCAGUUCUGUGUGAAGAAGGUGAGCUGCUGGACAUUAAAAUAAAGGGGAAGCGGGCAGGGACUGCGGUGGUGCUGUGUGGGAUAGUGCACACCCCAGAAAUGAUUUCUUUCAGCUUCUGCCUUCUGGAAGAAGGUACAGCGUUAUAAACACUAGGACUAGCCGCCUGAGAAACAGUUUCUAUCCAAAUGUGAUUUUGGUUUUAAACGCAGUGUAAGGUAGUGAGCUCCCGUUGCUCGGUCCCAGCUCCUGCCAACCUAGCAGUUCGAAAGUAUGUCAAAGUGCAAGUAGAUAAAUAGGUACCGCUCCGGCGGGAUGGUAAACGGCGUUUCCGUGCACUGCUCUGGUUCGCCAGAAGCGGCUUAGUCAUGCUGGCCACAUGACCCAGAAACUGUACGCCGGCUCCCUCCGCCAGUAAAGUGAGAUGAGCGCUGCAACCCCAGAGUUGGUCACAACUGGACCUAAUGGUCAGGGGUCCCUUUACCUUUAAGUUAGUCUCUGGGGGUGUAUAUUGUAUUUAAUUAUGGGGUAUCAGAGUUUUUAGGGGGCUAACCAGGCUGGGAUAGCUGGGUUAGUAGGCUGGGAUAGCUGGGUUAGUAGGCUUGAUGGUUUUUGAAUGUCUGGUGUAGAUUUUCUCAGUUUCGUCGUUCUGUAUGGGACAAUGACAAUAAAGAUUAUCGUAUCGUAUUGGGAUGCCUUCGGACAGAAUCAGGGCAAGCUCUUGUGAUCUUCUGGUCCCUGCCACUAGCUUUCCCCAGAUCCUGGCUCAGGCCCAUGGGGUUCGGCUUCUUUGUCUGUAGAAACUACUUCCCCCUCUUUCCCUGAUGGCUGGUUUUGUCACAUGGGGCAUGGGAGGCUCCCCACCCCUAUUUGGAGAUAGGGAAGUGGGGAGCAGGUGCCAGGUGCGAUGAGAAGGACGAGGCCCCAGCCAACUUCUGACCCCCUGAGCAUCCGUACGUUUCUCCGCUCUGCCUCAGGGUCACCCUCUCAACCCUCGGGAUUACUGCGGCUGGACCCCUCUGCACGAGGCUUGCAACCACGGCCAUCUGGGUAAGUGCUGGGACAGGGGAAGGGGCUUCCUGGGGGGCCUGAAAGUGGGUGCUCUGUGCCCGGGAACAUUCCCCCUUGACAGCAGAGUUGGGGCUGCGCUGGACGUGACCGUCCCCCUCGCCUCUUCCUCCAGAGAUCGUGCGUUUUCUUCUGGACCACAAUGCCGCCAUUGACGACCCGGGGGGGCCUGGAUGUGAGGGCAUCACCCCCUUGCACGACGCCCUCAACUGCGGCCACUUCGACGUGGCUGAGCUCCUGAUCCACAGGGGGGCGUCCGUGGUGCAGCGGAAUGCCAAGGUGAGGCACCGGGGCUGGGACGGGGCGAGAGUUGCUGCUGGGGAGCAAGGCAGUUUAUUCAUUGCAUGUAUACCCAUCACUAACCACUGCGCCACACUGCCUCUCUUCCUUUUUUAAAAAAAUAAAUCUGUAUUAGUUUAAAAUACAAUCAUACAGUAAAGGUAAGUAUAACAAAAUUAAUCACAAAAAAGAAAAAAAGGGAUUCGUCACCUCAAAAAGGUCGAAAAAAGGUGUAAAAGUGACAAAAAAAGACAAUUAAAAGAACCACAGAAAACUUUAUUGGAUAAGACAUGAUGUUGUAUAAAUAUGUGGUUCACACUGCCUCUCUUCCAGCGAUGCACAAAGGGAACUGCAGCCCCUCCUCCUGGUAUUGUUUGGGGUGGGGCUCCAGCCCUUUCCUACUGGUGUUGUGGUUUCUGCCUUCAAGGUCUAGGGAGGGGGGGCAGCAUUUGACAAAUCCCAAGUUUUGAAAUUGUGGGCAUUGCCUUCUCAGGAAGGCCUACUGAACAGGCUCCCUGAGCUGCUUCCAUCCCUCCCUCCUCUGCUUUUGUUCCUGCUCCUCCUCCUCCCCACUUCAUUAUCUCCUUGUGGAGCUGUCUUCAGGGGAUCCUCAAUUCUUGUGGGGGUCAGGGAAUCGAGGGCCCAAAGGCCCAAGUUGUAGACUACAACUCCCAGCAGCACCAGCACCAGGUUGGGGGGCGCAGGGUUAACCUGAAGUGCAAAGCCUAUUAUUAUUAUCUAUUGAAUUUAUAUACCACCCUACUCCCGGAGGUCUCAGGGCAGUUCACAGAAAAGAUCACAAUAUAUAUAAUCAGAAUAAAACCAACAACCAAUAACACACCCCCCCCAAAAAAACCCCACAUUUUAAAAGGAUGUAAAUUGGAUCAACCAAAGGCCUGGUUAAAAGUUAGCCUGGUGCCUAAAGGUGUAUAAUGAAGGCGCCAGGCAAACUUCUCUGGGGAGAGCAUUCCACAGAUGGGGAGCCACUGCAGAGAAGGCCCUGCUCUCGUGUUGCCACCCUCCGGACCUCUCAAGGAGGAGGCACACAAAGAAGGGCCUCAGAAGAUGAUCUAAAGGUCUGAGUAGGUUCAUAUGGGAAGAGGCGGUCCUUGAGGUAUUGCGGUCCUGAGCCAUUUAAGGCUUUAUAGGUCAAAACUAGCACUUUGAAUUGAGCCCAGAAACUAAUUGGUAGCCAGUGCAGUCGGACCAGGUUCGGUGUAAGAUGCUCAAACCGUCUUUCUCCAGUGAGCUACCUGGCCGCUGAAUUCUGCACCAGCUGAAGUUUCCGAACUGUCUUCAGAGGCAGCCCUACGUAGAACGCAUUGCAGUAAUCUAACCUUGAGGUCACCAGAGCAUAGACAACAGUAGUUAGGCUAUCCCUGUCCAGAUAGGGGCGUAGCUGGGCCACCAGCCAAAGCUGAUGGAAGGCACUCCGGGCCACUGAGGCCACCUGAGCCUUGAGCGACAGUAAAGGAUCCAGGAGGACCCCCAAGCUACGAAAAUCUCCUUCAGAGGAAGUGUGCAGACCCACGUUUCUAACAGGCCCCUGCCUCCUCACAGCUCCCCCUUCCCCUUGGCUUAGGGACAGUGGCCUUGCAUUGGCCGCUUGGCAUCCUGGCAGCUUCAGGGUCUGCUCCCACUACAGGGAAGGGGGUGGCAAGCCCACCAGGAUUCUUGGGUGCAGCCCAGAGGCGGCAAGAAGUUUCUGGCUGGGCUCCUGUUUCUGUUGGGGCCAACCCUCCCUGUGUCUCUGUUGUCAGGGCCUGACCCCGCUGGGCACUCUCCAGGCAUGGGUGCAUCUCUACGGCAGGGACCUGGACCGAGAGACACGCCAGCGCUGCCAGGCCAUGGAGGGGCUGCUCAAGAGAGCCCUGGCAGACCGAGGUGAGUCUGCGCUUCGUUCCUGGGGCUCAAGGGGUGUGUGGCCUGCUCCUGGGGACACCCUCAAGGGGCCAUUUGCAUAAUAAUAAUAAUUUAUUAUUUCUACCCCGCCCAUUUGGCUGGGUUUCCCCAGCCACUCUGGGUGGCUUCCAACAGAAUAUUAAAAUACAAUAGUCUAUUAAACAUUAAAAGCUUCCCUAAACAGUGCUGCCUUCAGAUGUCUUCUAAAAGUCUGGUAGUUAUUUUUCUCUUUGACAUCUGGUGGGAGGGCGUUCCACAGGGCGGGAGCCACCACCGAGAAGGCCCUCUGCCUGGUUCCCUGUAACCUCACUUCUCGCAGGGAGGGAACUGCCAGAAGGUGCUCGGAGCUGGACCUCAGUGUCCGGGCUGAAUGAUGGGGGUGGAGACGCUCCUUCAGGUAUACUGGACCGAGGCCAGUCUGCUUUAUUGGGAAUUCUCACCCAGCCGAGUCUUCCUUUGUUCUGGUGGAAAGCCUUAAAGCUGUUGUGUUUUUAGCAGGCCAAUGUCUUUGAUGCUUCAAGUUCAUGAGAAUGAACAUUGGAGGAGAGCUCUGGGUCCCUUCCUUAUCCUGCCCAGAUUCUGUCUCCCUGCUCUGCUCAGAACAGCACCCUGUUCCAGAUUGAAAGGGACUGGGGGACCCACGAUCUCUGUCUCCUUUGUUGCUGUGCCUGGAGCCAAGCCUUGCUUUUGGGUUCUUUGGGGCUGAGUGGGCAAGGAGAAAUAUUUUUUUAAAAAAAUAUAUUUAUUUAUUUGGUUUUUCAAAUUAAAGUUUUUCAGAAAUAUACCAAACAUAAAUCAUAAAAGCAAGAUUCCAAUGAAUCUCCUGGACUUCAUCCUCCCCUUUGUGGGUCCUAUGAUUAAUCAUUUCCUCCUGCAUCUUUUAUGAUAAUCCAAAUAUUUUACGUCUCUGUUGUGUCCAGAAUUCACCCUUAAACUACAAGUCAUAUUCCAAUCCUAACAAUUUUAACUGAAUCCAAUGGUUUUUAAGGUAAGUUAUAAAUUUCCCCCAUUCCUUAUUAAAAUUUCGGCCUUCCUGAUUUUCUGACUCUUCUGGUCAUUUCAACUAUUUCAGCAUAGUCCAUCAACUUCAAUGAGAAAUUUUGGGAAUAUUAUCUGAAACAAUUCCUAGUAAAAAUUCUUCGGGUUUCUUGCUAAAUGUAGUUUUUAUCAGUCUCUUUAUCUCUUCAUAAAUCAUAUUCCAAAAUCUCUAGACAGGACCACCACAAAGGGUAGUGUGUUCCUAUCUGUUCCUUACAUCUCCAGCACUUGUUAUUAUAUGAUUGAUUUAUUUUUGCUAGUUUUACAGGGGUCAAGUACCAUCUAUAGUACAUUUUCAUAAGAUUUUCCCUUAUAAGGGAGUGAACUUGACGCCUUUGCUUUUGCCCCUCCAGGCUCCAAGGCUCAGCCUCCCCAAGAGCCGCCGGCCAGCCAGCUGUUUGACGCAGAGCUCUCCGAGUCCCCGCAAGCCCCCUGCCCUCUGGAUCCUGCCCCAAAGUCCCCCAGUCCCCGGAGGAGCUGGAGGGAGCCCGAGGAGGACGACGCCAUCAGUCCCUUGAGGCCGGUCAAGAAGAGGCAGCGGCUCUUUGGCCAGGACCCAGAGAGGGAGGCCAGGCUAGCAGCCCCGGCCGAAUACCGGGCUGCCAUUCGCGGGGUGGGCAGAGCCAAGCCCUGCCCUAUGCCCAGCCCUGAGCGCCCCAAGUCUUCCGCUGGGCCUGCCCUGAUCCCCCCAGAGGAGUACGUAGGAGAUGACUGGCUGGAAGACGACCUGGGGCAGAAUCUUGCCUCCCGCAAAAGGAGCCGCCAGAGCCCAGAAAGCGAGUCUGGGACCGAGUCGGAGGAGAGCCUGGGGGGCGAGAGUGACGGGGGCUUUCCCCGCCAGCCCCCCGAGGCCACCAAGAAGAGGAGAAGGAGGGUCCGGCAGAGUCGCCUCACCCAUAUUGUCAACAGGACUCCGCUGGGACGACUCCGAGGGGCCGGCCUGGUGGCAGCGGAGAACCCAGAGGGUGCGGCAGAUCCCAGCAUCCUCCAGGGGGCAGGAGGCAGCAGCCACGUCAAUGGGGGGACCCCUGGGCGUGGGGAGAGCCCCCCCUCGGCACCAGCACAUGUGAGUUUCCAGGGUUUGGGGAGAGAAGGGGGUCUGGCUUGGUUCCUUUCUGGCAGACGCUCUUUUUGCUGUGGCACUGUGAGAAGCUGGCUGGCUUCCCUGGGCCUUGAGAGGCCAGCACUCCUCUGGGAUUGGGGCCAUCCUAUAUGUUUUUAGCUGCCGCUAUAUCUGAAUUGUCUCUGUUAUACCCAGUUGCAGUUUAAUGUAUUCCUGCUGUGUUUUAUGAUUUUCCUGAUACUGUAAGUGAGCCAGAACUGGUCUGUGACCGUAAUAAUAAAAUUCAUUCGUCCUCACCCUAUUUCUCCUCCCCUGUUCUCUGCAGGUCCCUGCUCCCCCACCUCCGAUCCGGGUGCGAGUUCGGGUGCAAGACAACGUCUUCCUCAUCCCCGUGCCCCACAGGUGAGAGAACUGGGGCUUCCUCAGCCCCUUUGCCCUUUCCUCCCUCACUGAGCUGCCUCAUCGGAGCUCUGGGUCUAAGCCAGACCUUGUCUUUGUAGAGGCAGCUUCAAAACUCUCCACAUAAGCACCGUGGGAAGCGUCCAGUGCCGGAUUUACGUAUAAGCUAAACAAGCUGUAGCUUAGGGCCCCAUUCUCUUGGGGGACCCCAAAAAAAUUAAAUGAAAAAAUUAAUAAUAAUACUAAUAUACUUUUUCUUAAUUGUACAGUGGACGCUCAGGUUGCGAAUGUGAUCCGUGCGGGAUGCACGUUCGCAACUUGCAGCGUUCACAACCCGCAUCUGUUCACAUGAGGGUUGCGAUUGGCGCUUCUGCGCCCGCGGAAAGCGCGAUUUAGCACUUCUGCGCAUGCGCGACCGCUGAAACCCGGAAGUAACCCGUUCUGGUACUUCUGGAUUUCGGAGGUCCGCAACCCUAAAAAACGCAACCUGAAGCGGCUGUAACCCGAAGUAUGACUGUAUUUCAGUUCAACAACUACUUUAAUAAAAGACAUGUUUUGUGAUGCGCAAAUGGCUUUAGAUACCUAUUAGGUCCAUAAAUAUAGCAUAUAUUCAAUACAAAAAAUAGUGACAAUUUGUUGUUGACACAGGACAGCUGACAUAUAAAGGACCCCAUUACCUUCAGCAGCUGAGGGCAUCAUCAAACCUCAAUCCGGCCCUGGAAACACCUGUAAUUGGGGAGGCAGGGGGUGGGAUAUUUCUGCUGUCCUCAAACCACCCCCAAAUAAUAUUUCCCUCUGCACUGUUUGGAUGAGAGCUGCGUGGCAGGAGACUGAAUCCUUGCCGGAGGUGGGGCAUUUCAGAGCCCCCCACUGCAUGCCCCCUGGAAUAUAGGGAAGGGGGGGUGUCUUCCUACUGCAGCCCCUCUCCUCCUUCCUUGCAGUGAGAGUCGCCCUGUGUCCUGGCUGGCGGAUCAGGCCUCCCAGCGCUACUACCAGACCUGCGGGCUCCUGCCACGCCUGACCCUGAAGAAGGAGGGGGCCCUCCUUGCCCCCCAGGACUGCAUCGUGGAUGUUUUGCAGAGCAACGAAGAGGUGAGCGGUCGCUGCCAGCUGAGGGAGAAAUUGGCAGCGCUUCUCCCCAUAGCCCCAUUCCUCAGCUGCUGGCAGGGGAGUCUGUCUGGGGGGUGACGGGGGAGCAGACCACCCGUUUUGCAUGUCCUCAGUUUAAUCGUCCACGGAGGAUGAGGGGAGACUUCUGCCAGGAAUCCUGGGGAGCAGCUGCUUGUCAGUGUGGGCAGCACUGAAGUGCAUGGCCCAGUGGUCGGACUUUGCAGGAUCCAGAUUCCUGUGCUCUUCUUAAGGGCUGUUUUGAGGCGUUUGUAGGUUCUGAUGGCAAGGAAGCAGGUUAAUAUCUCCCCUGAGAAACUGAGAUAUGAAAACUAGGAGCUAAAUGGCACCUUAAACCGAGGUUACGGGCACAACCAUGGAAUGUUUGGAAAACGUUUAUUGAAUAUAUGGGGAAUAAUUGGGUACAGCUGAAAACAUUGGCAGCACUGAGAUACAUUCAAUAGUGUAAAUAAGUUUUGAUGGAUGUAAUAAUGCAAUACUGAAUCGUAUAGUUUUUGUAAAAAUAUGCAGGGAUUUAUGAUAUGCAAAAUGAACCGCUGGAAAGAGAAGAAGGGAAGUCAUUGAUACCUUAAGGAUGUAUAAAUGAGCACUUUAAAUUGUAAAAUAUAAAAUUAUAUAUAUAUAUGUGUGUGUGUGUAUAUAUAUAUAUAUAUAUAUAUAUAUAUAUAUAUAUAUAUGGGGGAUGUGGGUGGUGCUGUGGUCUAAACCACAGAGCCUAGGGCUUGCCGAUCAGAAGGUUGGCUGUUCAAAUCCCCGUGACAGGGUGAGCUCUCGUUGCUCGGUCCCUGCUCCUGCCAACCCAGCAGUUCGAAAGCACGUCAAAGUGCAAGUAGAUAAAGAGGUACCUCUCUGGCGGGAAGGUAAACGGCGUUUCCGUGCGCUGCUCUGGUUCUCCAGAAGCGGCUUUGUCAUGCUGGCCACAUGACCCGGAAGCUGUACGCCGAGGGAGCGAGAUGAGUGCCGCAACCCCAGAGUCGUCCGCGAGGUAAAGGGGUAAAGGGGUCCCUUUACCUUUAUAUAUAUAAAAAUAAAAGGAAAGGUGUUCCCAUUGGAGUUCCACCUUCCUUGGGCCCCAGCUGACCCCCCUGCUGACCUCUCUCUCUCUCCCCCUGGCAGGUCUUGGCCGAAGUGCAGUCCUGGGACCUGCCGCCCCUUGUGGAGAGAUACCGCAAGGCCUGCCAGAGCCUGGCUGUGGGUAAGCCCAAGUUCCCCUGCGGAGGGGCCUGGUGUCUCUGAGCCCCCCUGCGUCCUUCAGAGCUUGCCUCUCUUGGCAGAUGGGUUCCCAGGGGAGGGGUGUCCUCAGGAGGCUGCGGGCAUCUUGCUGGUGCUUCUCUGCCCCAGUUCAGAUGCAGCGCCUUCUGUCCUGUUGGGCUCAGAGAAGGGGCUUCUUCCCAAAGGGGUUUCAAAGAGGAACCUUCCCCUUUUCCGCAAGCCAGUUGCUGUGACGGCUAUGCUGGCUUUUCCACAGAAUUGUAGCGUUGGAAGGGACCCCCAAGGGUCAUCUAGUCCAACCCCCUGCAAGGCAGGAAUCUUUUGCCCAGCAUGGGGCUCGAAUCCAUGACCUGCAGAUUAAGAGUCUCAUGCUUUACCCACUGAGCUAUUCUGCAUCUUGGUUUAUCUGUAAAAAUAUCUGCAUACUGCUAUAUCGUUUUUUUAAAAAAACCCUAUCAAAGCCGCUUAUAGCAAUAGAAGCAUAAAACCAUACACUGAAUUGAAUUGAAUUGCAUUUUAUUAUUACGGUCACAGACCAGUUCUGAACCAUACAUUAAAACCAUAAAGAAAUCAGACGUCGGUUAACCAUUGUGAAAGGCUGCAUUCUGAAUUGCCUACACAGGCCUGGCAGAAUAGAAAUGAUUUCAGCAGGCCUGCCAAAUGUCUAGUGGCAGUGAGUUCCGCAGGACUGGCCCAAUGACACUGAAGGCUUGGUUUGUGAGUCUUUUGCCUUGACUGAAGCCUGGUGCCCUGUCUCUCUCUCUCUCUCUCUCCCCCCGGCUGGCAGGGGAGCACCGAUUACUCCUGCAGCUGCUGGAGUGCCAGGAAUCGGGUCCGUCCUUCAACGUCCCGGGCAUGGCCCUGCGCCGCCUCCACCUGACGCCUCUCCUCCGUGCCCUCAAGCUGCAGACCUCCAUCCGGCGCCUGUGCCUCCCCGGGGCAGGCCUGGGCGACGACUCGGCGGAAGAGCUGCUGGCCACCGUCGCCACCAUCCCCGGCCUGGAGGCGCUGGACCUCUCGGCCAACCGGCUGGGCCCCCAGGGGCUGCGCAGGCUGACCGAAGGAGUUACCGGCUCCAUCACUUUCCAGGUACGGGCGGCAGAGGAGCUGCUCUGGAGGGAAGCGGGAGAGUGCAAUAAUAAUAAUAAUAAUAAUAAUUUAUUAUUUAUACAGUCGUACCUUGGUUCUCGAACAGAAUGUAUUCCGGGAGUCCGUUUGACUUCCGGAACCGUUUGAAAACCAAGGUGUGGCUUCUGAUUGGAGCCUCCUGCAGCCAAUUGGACGUUCAGCUUCUGGAAAAAGUGCAGGAACACUCACUUCCUGGUUUCAAUUGUUCAGAAGCAUUUGAGAUCCAAGGGACAACUGUAUUAUUAUUAUUAUUAUUAUUAUUAUUGCUAUUGUUGUUGCUAUUUUAAAAAUAGGAAGCUGAGAUUCAUGCAGACCUUUCAGGCCCUAUGUGAGACAUCCCAUCUCGGGGUUCUGACUCCUUCUUUCUGCCCUCAAUCUGAUGACAAGUGGCUUGUAUUUUAACAAUACAAUACAACAGGUUAUUGUAUUUUUCUAUUCUCUUGGAAGCCGCCCAGAGUGGCUGGAGAAAUCCAGCCAGAUGGGCGGGGUAUAAAGAAUAAAUUAUUAUUAUUAUUAUUAUUAUUAUUAUUAUUAUAAGCCCUCCCUCUGCCACCAUCUCACUCGAACCCACACCCCUUGUUGUUUCAGAACCUGGAAGAGCUGGACCUCAGCCUGAACCCCUUGGGGGACGGCAGCACCCAGCCCCUUGCCUCCCUGGUCCAGGCCUGCCCGGUCCUGAGCACACUCCGACUGCAAGCCUGCGGCUUCACCACCGCCUUCCUGCAGCACUACCACCUCCUGCUGGCCAGUGCCCUGAAAGGUGAGAGGAGCAGGAAAGAGCAUCGGCUGUCAGCAGGGAUCAGGUCCAGUAGAGCUAGAUUUCGUAGAACAGUCAGGUUUGAAGGGACCACAAGGGGGAUCAGGAUGAGUUAAGCAAGUCUGAUCUGCCUUGGCUUUGCACAGUUAAUUCUGUUGGCCUAUAGGAUGUAGCCCUUAAGAGUGUUGGACUCUUUUCAUAAUAAUUUUUAUUUGGUUUUACAAAUAUUAAUUCAUAGCAAUCCAAAUUGAAUAAUAAUACAGUGGUGCCUCGCAAGACGAAAUUAAUCCGUUCCGCAAGUCUCUUCGUCUAGCGGUUUCUUCGUCUUGCGAAGCAACCCUAUUAGCGGCUUAGCAGAUUAGCGCUAUUAGCGGUUUAGCGGCUAUUAAAGGCUUAGCGGCUAAAAGGCUAUUAGCGGCUUAGCGGCUUAGAAAAAGGGGGGGGGAGCGAAAAAAAUCUCAAGACUCGCAAGACAUUUUCGUCUUGCGAAGCAAGCCCAUAGGGAAAUUCGUCCUGCGAAGCAACUCAAAAACGGAAAACCCUUUCGUCUAGUGGGUUUUCCGUCUUGCGAGGCAUUCGUCUUGCGGGGCACCACUGUAAUAAUAAUAAUAAUAAUAAUUUUAUUUAUAUCCCGCCCUCCCCAGCCGAAGCCGGGCUCAGAGCGGCCAACAACAGUAAAAGUAAACACAGCAUUCUAAAAUCAAUUCAUUCUAAAAUCAAUUCAGAAUCAAAUUAAUGGCAACCAUUGGGCUAGAGUUCUAUGAGGAUUUCUACAGAUCUCUGGACUUCCCACCUUCCCCUCCUUGGGUCCUAUUGUACACCUUUUUUAACUGCAUAUUUCCCCACAAUCCACAUUUUAUAUCUUUCCGUCUUGUCCAUAAUAUUUGUUACAUUACAAGUGUUAUAAAAAUCCUGCUAGUGCUUUCAUCUGUUUAUCUCCUAGAUAAAUUAUAAAAUUUCCCCAUUCUUCAUUGAAGUUCAGGUCUCCUUGGUUCCUGAGUCUUCCAGUCGGUUUGCAAUUUCAGCAUAAUCCAACAGCUUAAUUUGACCAUUCCUCUCUGCUAGGGACUCUUAACUUUUGGGAGAGCAGGGUGCAAAUCCCCACUUGGCCAUCAAGCUCACCUGGUACCCUGAGCCCUGGGGCAUUCAUGAUCUCUUAGCCCUGGUCUACUUCGCAGGGUUGUUGUGAGGCUGAAAUGGAGGUGUGGGCAGGGAAUCACGUAUGCUGCUUUGAGCACCUUCGAGAAAAAAGUGGGAUGUAAAUGCAAAAAUAAAUAAUAAAUAAAUAUUGGAGAUGGAGGGGCAGACAGAUUUGCUGGGAACUGAACAUUACACUUACCCAAACAAAAUGAUGCACACACACACACACACACACACACACACACACGGGUGUCCCACAAGAUGUGGCUCAGAGCCUUUUUGUGCUUGAAGGCCUUUGCAGCCCUUAUUUUAUUUUUGAUGAGCUGGUCACCUUACCAAUUAUUUGUAUUUUUCUUUUUUAAGCGCUUUAUGUUUUACUGUAUUUUUCGCUCCAUAAGACGCACUGUUUCCCCCCUAAAAAGUAAGGGGAAAUGUGUGUGUGUCUUAUGGAGCGAAUGCAGGCGGGAGCCUCUCUCUUUAAAGAGCUGCGCCGAGCGUUUGUGCGGCUCUUGCUGGCUUUUCCGCGAGGUGGGAGAAGGGGCUGACGGGUUGCCCUCCAUCCCUUCUCCCACCUCCCGGAAAAGCGAGCGGGGCUCUGUGUAAGGGCUCCCUUCCGUCCCUCAUCCCGCUUUGCUGGGAAGCCAGCAGAACAAGAGCCACUGCGCAGCUGUCACUCUUGCUCUGCCGGCUUCACAGUGAAGCGGGAGGAGGGAAGCAAGCAAAGCGAGAGCUGCUUACAUGCUCUGCGCAGAAUAUGUUUUUUUCUUGCUUUCCCCCUCUAAAAACGAGGUGCGUGUUAUGGUCAGGUGCGUCUUAGGGAGCAAAAAAUACAAUACCAUUGUACAGCAGUCGGAAUAUUCUGUGAAAUGCUAGGAUGGAAACGCUUCUAUACAUAAGCAAACUGUGCUCAGCUGAUUUGUGUGAGGGCAUUCCUGAGUGUCUCUCUUCUGGGGACAGAACGUGACAAGGUGUGGUGUUUGUCUGUCGAAAUGAAGCCGCUGUGUCAAUGCGGACGCUUUUCUUCCUGCGGCCCUUGGAGGUUCCUGUUCCCUCCCACUUCACUUCCUUGUGGUCCCUGCAUCACGGGGCAUCGGACCAGAUGGCCACACUGGUCCCUUCCACCUGUAUUGCUUUCUCCGACUUCUGCCAACUCCUCCUGCGCUCUCUUCCCUCAGGAGCUGUGCACCUCAGGCGGCUGACCGUCUCCCACAACGCCCUGGGCUCCUCUGCCCUGGAGCUGCUCCUGAAGAGCCUGCCUUCCCAGAAUCUCACCCACCUGGACAUCAGCUCCGUGGGCGCCAGGCCAGGGGACCAGCAGCCUUUGCAGGACGCUGUGGCCAGGUACCUGGCGCAGGUACGGUUGACCGGGUGCCAGCAGGGAGGCGAGCGUCCUGGGGGACCUCAGGCCUUCAGCCCAGCCAGCUGACCCCUUGUGCUCUGGUGAAAGACAGGGGAGGAGGAAGGCCUGGCUCAUGGGUAGGCAAACUAUGGCCCGGGGGCCGGAUCUGGCCCAAUCGCCUUCUAAAUCCGGCCCACGGAUGGUCUGGAAAUCAGCAUGUUUUUACAUGAGUAGACUGUGUGCUUUUAUUUAAAAUGCACCUCUGGGUUAUUAGUGGGCCAUAGGAAUUCAUUCAUUUUCUUCUUCAAAAUAUAGUCCGGCCUACCACAUGGUCUGAGGAACAGUGGACCGGACCACGGCUGAAAAAGUUUGCUGACCCCUGGUUUAGACCAUGGGCAGGCAAACUAAGGCCCGUGGGCCAGAUCCGGCACAAUCGCCUUCUAAAUCCGGCCCACAGAUGGUCCAGGAAUCAGCAUGUUUUUACAUGAGUAGAAUGUGUGCUUUUAUUUAAAAUGCAUCUCUGGGUUAUUUGUGGGGUACAGGAAUUCGUUCAUUUAUUUAUUUUUUUCAAAAUAUAGUCCAACCCCUGAUAAGGUCUGAGGGACAGUGGACCGGCCCCCUGCUGAAAAAGUUUGCUGACCCCUGGCCUGGCUUCUCCACUGUGUGAGGAAGCGAUGGGACAUGGUCUGAGUUUCCCCACCUGACCAGGUCUUGGAGAAGAUCCAGACACUCGCACACCUUAAUUUUCCGCAUUCUGAAUCUUUGUUCUUCUCCGUACAGGAAGGCUGUGCUCUCAGCCACCUGGCUCUCUCUGGGAAUCACCUCAACGAUGACGCUGUUGCAGAGCUGGCUAGGUGGGUGGAGGGAAUGUGGGUCUUGUGCUUUUUUGAACCCUUUGGCAGGGGGUGGGUGUCUUCCACAGUGGGGAGGGUCAACCUUGGCCAUAUCUCUGGGCGUUCUUGACAGCGGCAAAGGGUUCCUCACCUCCAUUUUUGGUACUCUGAGCAAAACAUUUCCCAUGUAUGCUUUGAUUAAUUGAGGAAGCUCUCGUUUCUGACGGGAAGAGCUGUUUGACACUUUGGAAGAUGGUGGUUUUUAAAUGGCUUGGAUGGCCGGCCAUCAAGAGAUUCCUUAGCUGCGAUUCUCUGGCCCCUGGAGGUUCCAGAGUUUGGCUUCCUACUCCUCUCCCACUUUUCCUCAUAGAUAAGUGGUUCCUGCCUUGCAGGGGGUUGGACUGGAUGAGCUUUGGGGGUCCCUUCCAACUCUACAAUUCUGUAAUUUUCAGCGUAGAUGAGCAGAAUGCAACCAGAUCCAUCCAUUCCUGAUUCUGACAUUUCUUCUCUUUCUCCAGCCAUCUCCCUACCUGCCUGCCUUUAGUCUCGCUGGAUUUGUCAGCAAAUCCUGAAAUCGGCAUUGUUGGUCUUCGGACGCUGCUACUUGCCCUCGAGGAAAGGAAUCGGGGCCUCCAGUUCCUCAGCUUGGCUGGUGAGUGCUGGAGCCGUUUUUAAUCGGCCGCCCCCGACUGCCCCUCCCCUCCAGAACUGCUGAAGGGCAAUGGAUUCUGGGUGGCCCACCAGGGUUAGCCUCGGUCUGUUGUUUUGCCCGCAAUCCUGUGGUUUUCUCAUGCACCCCUCUUGACGUCAGUCCAAUAAACCAAAAGCAAAAUUUAUUUUGUCUAAAGGGAAUUAGCAUGCGGAAAACUAGGAUGUGAUCAAGGAAAAAGCAGGAGGAUCUUUGUUUUGAUGAAGGGCAGGCUAAGUAAUCUGAGCUUCACCUCAGUGCAUCCCAAAGCUAAAACUUCAGGAACCUGAGCCAUCGUUGUGGGAUGUGGCUGGACUGUUGUAGUCUGAGAGCCCAGUUUUCAAAGUAGUAAUAAUAAUAAUAAUAAUAAUAAUAAUAAUAUAUUCUUUAUACCCCACCCAUCUGGCUGAGCUUCCCCAGCCACUUUGGGCAGCUCCCAACGGAAUAUUAAAAACAUGAUAAAACAUCAAACAUUAAAAACUUCCCUAAACAGGGCCGCCUUCAGAUGUCUUCUAAAAGUCAGACAGUUGUUUAUUUCCUUGACAUCUGAUGGGAGAGCGUUCCACAGGGCAGGAGCCACCACCGAGAAGGCCCUCUGCCUGGUUCCCUGUAACCUCGCUUGUCGUAGGGGGGAAACCGCCAAAAGGCCCUCGGAGCUGGACCUCAUUGUCUGGGCUGAACGAUGGGGGUGGAGAUGCUCUUUCGGGUAUACUGGGCAGGGCCGUUUAGGGCUUUCAAGGUCAGCACCAACGCUUUGAAUUGUGCUUGGAAAGUUACUGGGAGCCCAUGUAGGUCUCUUAGUCGGGGUUAUAUGGUCUCGGCGGCCGCUCCCAGUCACCAGUCUCGCUGCCACAUUCUGGACAAAGGAGGCUCCUCCAGUUCUUCCUUCCUUCCUUCCCUAGGCUGCUCCGUGAGGGGGUCUCUGGAUAGCGUGACAUGGACAAAGCUCUCCUCGAACGUCUCUCAGCUGCACCUCUGCACUCGCCACCUGAGCAGGAGUGACCAGCGGGACGUGGCGGAGCUGUGGCGUGGCCCGCCGGGCACCUCCCUCCACUCAGUCACACGGCAUCACAAACUCUUCUGUCACUGCCUGUAG